AUGGUGCUGUUGGAGCUGGCCGUGCGCCUUAACUGUGUUGAAUACAAGAAUUGGGUGAAGGCGGGCCACUGCCUGCUGCUGCUGCGUGGCUGCCUGCAAGGCUUUGUCGGCCGUGAGGUGCUCGCUUUCCACCGCGGCCUGCUCGCCUCCGCCCCUGCUCUGGGGCCGCGCGCCGCCUGCUGUGGCGGCUUGCGGUGCAGCCCGCGCGCCCGCCAGUUCCAGCCUCAGUGUCAGGUGUGUGCCGAGUGGAAAAGGGAGAUUUUGAGCCAUCACACCAACAGGAAUGGAGACGUCCACUGGGGAAACUGCCGGCCGGAACGCUGGCCCCUCGACGCUUGGGAGGUAGCCAAGGCCUUCAUGCCCCGAGGACUGGCAGACAAAAGAGGGCCGGAGGAAUGUGAUGCAGUCGCUCUUCUAAGUCUCAUCAACUCCUGCGACCACUUCACAGUUGAUCGAAAGAAAGUCACAGAGGUGAUUAAGUGUCGGAAUGAGAUCAUGCACUCUUCAGAGAUGAAAGUAUCUUCUGUGUGGCUUCAAGAUUUUCAGAUGAAGAUUCAAAAUUUUCUGAAUGAAUUCAAGAAUAUCCCAGAGAUUGUGGCAGUGUAUUCCAGAAUCGAACAGCUUCUGACAUCUGACUGGGCUGUUCAUAUCCCUGAGGAAGAUCAGCGAGAUGGGUUUGAAUGUGAAGCAGGAGUUUACCUGAGUGAGAGCCAAGUAAAUGAGAUUGAAAUGGAAUUACUAAAGGAAAAGCUUCAAGAGAUUUAUCUUCAAGCAGAAGAGCAAGAGGUGUUGUCUGAAGAGACCUCAAUAAGACUGGAAUUGGUGAAAGAAUUUCUGAGAAACAAUGAGGAUCUUAGAAAUGGUCUUACAGAAGAGAUGCAGAAGCUAGCCAAUCUCAGUCUCCAGCCACAGAAACUAGUCUUGGGAGCCUUCGGGGGAGACUCGUGA